UCACACCGUUUGGAUAUAUAGGUCAUGUUGAAUUAUGAAAGGUUGAGAUAGCAAACAGCAUGGCAGAAGUGAAGCUUUUCAAGACAUGGUCAACCCAAUUUGGUGCAAGGGUUGUUUGGGCUUUGAAGCUGAAGGGCAUACAGUAUGAAGCAAUACAUGAAGAUCUAUCCAACAAGAGUGCUUUGCUUCUUCAGUAUAAUCCUGUCUACAAGAAAGUUCCAGUGCUUGUUCACAAUGGAAAACCCAUCUCAGAGUCACUUGUAAUUCUUGAAUACAUUGAGGAGACAUGGAAGCAGAAUCCGAUAUUGCCUGAAGAUCCUUUGGGGAAAGCCAACGCACGCUUUUGGGCGAAAUUCAACGAUGAAAAGCUUCUACCAUCGAUCUGGAGUGCUUUCACCAAAGAAGGAAAAGAGCGAGAGGAAGCUAUGGGUGCAGUGCUGGAGAGCCUGAAAUUUGUAGAAGAAGAGCUCAAGGGAAAGAAAUUCUUCGGUGGAGAGACGAUAGGGCUGGCUGAUCUUGUUUUUGGUUGGCUUGCCAACUUAGCCCCUGUUUUUGAAGAGGUGGCUGGCUUGAAAAUACUUGAUGAGAGAUAUCCAUUAUUAUUGGCCUGGCAGCCAGAGUUUUCAGAACAUCCAAUAAUCAAGGAUUACUGGCCACCUCAUGACAAGCUGGUCAUCAAGUACCAGGCACUUUAUGAGAAAUAUCAUCCAGCAAAAUGAACUGUUCUCAGGCUUUCCAUGAAUAAUUACCUUAGGCAUCAUAUGGCUAGCAAUAGUUUCAAACCAUUCGUGUAGACAAGGCCCUUGAGUCUAUUCAGUCGUAUUACCAUAAAUGUGGGACUUCCCCUUUUGCUCUGUUAAGAAACAGAAGUUGUAAUAGUGGAGACAGAUUGCCUUACGAAUUAUAUCCAACAUGUUGCUGAUUUUAACACUUCU